AUGUCUGACCAGAUCAUCUAUCUUCAGGCUAACUUGUCAUCUGUCCCAUGGGAGGGCAGUGCAGCAGCACCAGUUCUGGCCACAACCCCUCCUACACCUGUUUACUACCAUGUCCUCUACUGAGGAUGUGGAGAAACCCAGAUAAGCUGGCACGGAGAAACCUAUUGCCUGGUUGGUGGCUACCAGACCUAUGGGGAUACUGCCAUCGCCACCCCAGCAAAAGGCACAGCAGUGAAGCCAGCACUGAGGUGGGUCUAUGGGGAUCCUUCCAUUGUCACCCCAGCAAGGCUGAAAACCAGAAGCCAGCAUCUGCAAGGGCUCUCAAAAGACCUCGAUCUGUGGAAGAACAUAACCAAAGCCUAG